UUCGGGGGUAUAUAGGCAGAAGGCUUCAAAAAUAUCUUAAGUUUGAGCCCGGGGAUUCAGUGCUGCGUCACUACCGUAUGGUUGCUUGAGACCUGCAGAAGAAUUGACUUAUCCGAAAAACUUUGUCUACACGUUCAAGUGUCUUGUGACCUUCACAACGUUUCAACACAACUUUUGCAAGCUUUACACGGGAGGAUCGAUCUAUCAUCACAGUCAUGGCGGAGUCACUCAAACAGGCUAUUGACGACACCACCCUCGACUUGGGUCAGUUUCUGUCCAACUUCCCCAUUCCCACGCCGGCACAGUUUGCGAUUCCACCGCCGUCAGAAGCUCUGUUCCCCCCGACACCGCCCACCUCACCGCCGAACAACAUGUCCAGCACCUGGGGAAACAUCAAGUCUGAGCAGCCGUCCAGCUGCACGCUGCAGGGCGAGCAGGCGUCCUUCACAGAGCUACAGACGCCACAGUCCAACUACAUGUCAAUCCAGAACCAGUUCAACUGGUGCAACAGCCACCCCAUGAACUGGUCCUACACACAGGUGCGCGGCUUCCUCACCUGGGCAGUUGCCGAGUACGAGCUGCCGCCGCACGAGAUCAACUUCGAGCACUUCCGCGUCAACGGCGCCAAGCUGUGCAUGAUGAGUCGGGAGGAGUUCUCCCUGCUUUGCCCCAACUAUGGAGACAUCUUGUACCUCUCCAUUGGCAAAGUGCUGGAAGAAGCUCAGUACCUCUAUGACCCAACCCCUGCCUUCUGUGAAGGCCCCAGUGACACUACUAUGUCAGAGUCAGUACGUGCUAUGCAUGAGGAGAUGAUGAACAUGGACUUUAUCCAAGCCCCUGUGGACGACCUGCCCAUGCAGGACCUGUUCCCAGACUGCGGCGGGAUCACCGCUGACGACAUCGACGUCAACGACAAGUUUGAUGAUGUCAACGUUGAGCUGGGCGACUUCCCACCCAGCCCGACCUCCACAGACGAGUCCUACUCAUCCAUGUCACCCGGACGCAACUCACCGUACUACUGUGGCAGCGAAUCAGACUACGGUAGUGGUGACCAGACCCUGGGUAACCUCUUCAUGCCACGAUAUGAGACAAGUGACGGGGACUCCGACCACGACAGCUAUGGAUCCUCUCCCCGCAGGAGCUACCCAGAUGAGUUGCACAUGUAUGACUCGGACAAAGAGGUCAAACCCACGGUGGAUUUCUCAGUGCAAAAUGCACCGAUCAACAUGAAGAUCAAGCCCGGCGGUGCCCCCGAGAGGAGGGCCCGCGGCCGCCCGAGGAAGGUGCGUCCCCCGACCGAGGAACUGCUCACUACAGGGAAGAGAGGACGCCAGCAUAGCAAGGGCAACCAUCUGUGGGAGUUUGUGAGGGACCUGCUGAAGAACCCGUCCACCAACCCCAAGGUCAUCAAGUGGGAGGACAGGCGGGACGGCAUCUUCCGCUUCGUCCAGUCCGAGGCCGUCGCCAACAUGUGGGGCCGCAAGAAGAACAACCCCAACAUGACCUACGAGAAGCUGUCCCGUGCUAUGAGGUACUACUACAAGCGUCAGAUCCUGCAGCAGGUGCCUGAGCGCCGCCUAGUGUACAAGUUUGGUCCUGCAGCUACAGGGUGGCAGGACAAGGAGUAGCAGUCUUGUGGUUCCCAUGGUAACACUGUUCUGACCAUGCCAUCCCUUGUGCUUCAGGUAUUACUACAAGCGUCACAUUCUGGAGCGCGUUGAUGGCAAGCGCUUGGUCUAUCGCUUCGGAGCCGAGGCCAAGGGGUGGAGGGAGAACGAGUAGUGUUACCAUGGCGACCACCAUGACUGCAAACAUCCCGCAGUUACGGCGAUGUUGAUCUUACCAGAACGUGCCCAUGGUUGCAGUUACAUCCAUGGCAAAAAGUCAGCUUGGCAUUCCCUGGCAAAAUUUAACGUGAAGCACCAAGUGUUCACUAGAUUUGGUCUUAUUUGUAUUUUCCUAAAGCAAGUUAGUAGGGUGGUGUGUAUUAUUGUCAGAAAAUAUUUGGAAUUUUUUUGUGUUUUAAAUUUUUAUAGGGUUUGGGAGACAUUAUUAAACAUACAUAUACUUUGUUACUCUUUAAGUUGAGUGCUGUGUAGAUUAAACAUUUGUUUAGUAAAAGUUAUGACAAGUAACUGAAGUAAGUGUUUUAUAAGAAAAGUAGAAAAAAAUACUAUAUAGUUAAGUUUCAUUGGUCAAGUUAUGGCCACAUAAAAACCAGUGACUUUUCUAGAAUAUUGGAGAAGUCCUACAUAUCAUAUUGAAGUACCAUAGCACACAGUGUCAUAUAUUAUGACAACUGUGUGUACUUGUGGGAAUGGUUUUUGGUAAGCAUAAGUUGAUGUUAUCAAAGUAUCCCCAAACACUGUAGCAUUGGAAUUUAUAUCAUGAAGUUUGUUUGAUGGUUGCAUUUAGUUACUGAAAACAUAAUUUCAAUUCCUUUGUAAGAAUUUGUAUACGGGAUUCGUUGAUCACUCAAUUAAUGUCUUAGAUUAUGUACAUAAUGUAUAUAUUUUAUCAGUUAGAACUUUUAUGUAAUGCUCUCAAAGGUGUUCAGUUUAAGUUAUGUAUUUUUUUAAUACCUAUCUAUUAUAUCAGUCAUAUGUAUCAAACAUCUUUACAAUAUUUUAUCAAAUUACGUACUCAAUGAUAUGUCAAACACCAGUACAAGAAUACUUAAUGAUUGUAACUGAGUAGUGUGGGAUCAUUUCAAUAGCAAAUGUUUUCAUCACACGGUGGUUCAUGUAUCAUGGUUCUUUUUAUAUCAAUAAAGGUUAAAAAUGGACA